CGGUACUUCAACUUACCUCCGCGCUGCGGUAACUUUCUUGCCCUUGCCUCAACCCCCCCUGCUCAGCCAGCACUAUCAGACAUGACCAACACUCGGAGACGACUCCUACUCGCCUGCAACACCUGCAGAUCGCGAAGAGUCAAGUGCGGCGGGCAGCGGCCGUCCUGCGCCCCGUGUCGGAUUCGGGGGCUGGACUGCUGCUAUCCAAAGCUCCCCGAAAGCCCAGCAAACCGAGUAGAAACAGAAUUGGCGAAUGUCAGUGUGCGUCUCGACUACCUCACCGCGCUGCUUUCCAAACAGCCCAAGGUCGUGCCGGGCAGUGCGCUGGGCUCGCACGAGGACUCCCCAUUUCGGUUGCUGGCAACUCGGUCUAUCAUGCAUGUUCUCGGGCUCGAAGCCGACUACGCUCAGGGUCUCAUUCGGCUUGAACGAGCGAACUUUAUCGUGGGCGCGGGCGCCUCGCCGCGCAUCUUCUUUAGCUCCCAUCACCAACUCGCGGACUCCCUGGCUGCCUUCUCGGAUCGUAUUCAUGGCUAUUACCCCAUCCUUCCAUUGGAUUUUACCGAGGGAUAUUUUCAUCUCUUGUCAGAGCCGCUAACGCCCUCGUCUCACAGCUGCUUGGCUCUACUAGUGGCAGCAAUCGGUGGCGUCGUGCGCGGCCAGAGCUCCGGAGGCCCAUACUAUGAAGCAGCUCUCUCAUCGCUCCCUGUCGUGCUUGCGGAAUGCACGCUGACGAGCAUUCAAUGUCUUGUUUUCUUGAGCGUAUACUACUGCUGCCUUGUUAAGCCCUUUCAAGCGCACGACUACUGCUUGAUAGCUGCUUUUAAGAUCCAGAAUCUUUUCAAGUGUGGACUACAAAGUACGGAAAGUGAUGCUCUUGAGCUGGCCCAUCGAACGUAUUGGGCGAUAUUGUUGUGGGAGAGCGAACUAAGCGUCCAGCUAGACGUUGCCAAAAGCGACAUCUGGAACUUGGAUGAAUGCAUACCUCUCCCCAACUGCCGUCGCACCUGGCAAUUUCCACCACCACAGCCCUCCAACAGUCUCGCCGGCGUCUCCCCGGCAAGCGCCCACUCGAGCGAUAGCACUAGCACGACUGGAGACCAGACGCAAUCAUUCUUUCUCGCUGAAAUCGCAAUGCGCCGACUGUUGCAUCGUUGUAAUUCCGCCGUUACUUACUCGCCAGAUAACCGGCCUAGCUACGCCCCCGGAAUUGCGCUUGAGUUGGAACGCCAAGUGGACGAAUGGUACGAAUAUCUCCCUGCGAACAUCCGGUUCCCCAAAGAAACCAGCCAACUCCGCGCGGACGGUGCCGACUUAUUAUCGUCCAAUUUCCUAAAUGUUCAGUAUUACUGCUGCAAGCUGUCUAUCUACUGGCCAGCCGUUUACCAGGCCGUACAGGAUGGUGCCGUCAGCGCCCACCUCCGCGGCCACUGCCAGCGAUUUAUUGAUUCCUAUGUGCAGCUUCAGCCGAUGAUAUGCGUUGCUAUGAAUAUCUGUCCGAUCUACAAGUGGACGCUCUCGAUUACCUUUUUUGUGACCACGCUGGCUGCUCUAAAGGUUCUAGAUACCCCGUGUCUAAACGGUGCUAGUCUCGACGAAUUACGCCAAUGCCUUUUCUCCGCUGCGGCUGCGGACUGGAACUGUGCAGAGUGCAGUGCCUCGUUACGAAUCCUGCAACAUACACUGAACCGCCGCCUCCAAGAUGCAGGGUACCUCGCCAGCAACAGUUCAUAGUGCAUAAUACAACACCAAGUAAUGUUGAAAUAAGAAAUGAUCCCGCUGCUCGAUUAUCGUAGUUUCUCG